GCACGGGAACCGGAGACGCAGCGGCGAGGAGGAGCGACGGGCCGCGGGAGUUCCCCGAGCGCUUCGCGUCUUCACGUCUAGCGGCGGACAUGGGCCCGCUGCUGCGUUCGGUCUUGCUGCUCGCCGCCGUGUGCGUGAGCGUGCGCGUUUACCUGGAGACGGCUCGGACCGACGCACCGGCGCCGCCCGCCCGGACCGGGAGGGCCCCCGAGCCCGCGGAGAGGAGCGAUGAAGACUCGCCCGGACGGCGGCUGACAAAGGUGCACCGGUGGCACGUUGAGUUGCAGCCGUGGGCCGGACAAAGUCGCUCUCUGGAGGAGGAAGCAAAGCGCUUUCUUCCGUACAUCACAACUCCUCAAGUGUCCUGCACAAGUCCCCAUGUGGACCCAGAUCGUGGCUGGGCUGUAUGUCUGGACCCAAAGUACAGUCUGACUCGCAGCAUGCGACACAAGCACUGCAGGGUUUACUCUUUUGGGUUGGGGCCAGAUGACCGUAAUCUGGAACGAUACCUCGCGAGAUCGGGGUGCGAGGUCCACUGCUUCGAUCCCAGUUUGAAGCAGGCGCACCAGCAGCGCAACGCAAUGUGGCUCCACCGCCUGUCCGUAGACUGGAGGGAUCCCAACCCUGCUGUCAGUGCCCAGCGUCAGUACACAAAGAAACUGGCCACCAUCCUCAACGACUUUGGUCACAGACGGGUGGACGUACUGAAAGCAGACAUGGAGAGUGCAGAGUGGAAGAUUCUGGAGAACUUAAUCCUGGAAGGAGUUCUGGCCUCUGUCGGUCAACUGCUUUUGGAGGUUCACCUCCACUGGGCGGGUUUCGAGGUGCCGGGGGACGACCCUUCCGUGGUACGCUAUUGGUUCAGCUUGCUGAAGGAGCUGGAACAUGCCGACUUUCGCCUCUUCCGUGUGCACAGCGACCCGGCGCAACCGCACAUCUUUCUGCGCAAGAACGUCCUCAACGCCAGCAGCGCCUACACCUUUGCGUGGGUGAACACACGGCGGACGCCCUGAAGUGGGUCGGACUGACGAAUAAGUGGAUUUGAAAACAAGCUGGCACAAGCACCUCUCGGAGCUCAGACUGACCUUUGUGCCAACCUACUUAUCAGCCGGUUCCAUUUCUCCUGGCCCACACUGACCUUCGCCAUGAAGUCUCCGCAGGCUGUGUAUUCUACUAUCCCAUCUGCUCGCUGUAGGUCAACUUCUUAGUCGGUCGACCUGAGCUCAGUUAAGCCCACAGUAACUCACGGCCAGAAGACCUUUCUUCUAGCCCGAGUUUAUGGAGACCAGAAGAGACCAACGUUGCGGGAACACAAAUGUGCCAAGUGGUAGGCGAGCGAUAGAUACUGCCGCAUGAACUCCAUUUUUAUUCUGUCGGGAGAACUUAAGGAGCCACAUGAAUCACAAGAGGAGAGGGCACCGUGGCUCGAUCCUGAACGAUUAAGUCGAGAACCCUUCCAUCAUGUUGGAAGACGCCGGUAUGAGAAAAGACAAUACAAGACCUGCCGUAUGAGGGAGGCGAGCGUUACAGUGUUGAGCCUCAAGAGUCGGGUUACCACACCAAAGACUUAGUCUGCACAUUAAACACAAGCCUACAAAAUGAAUGACAGCUAUGUUAAAACAAGAAAUAAAAGAGGGCAACCAAGGACUAUCUUGACUGUGUUUUGAAAUGAAUAAUGAUAAAAACAGAUGAUGGGUAAAAUCGAUGGACAGUUUAUUAUUUCCACA